AUGUGGGAGGGCGAGACCCUGAAGACGUAUUUCGACAGGUAUUGGGAGAUAUUCAAUGAGAUAGAUGGGGACUUUGAUGACUUGGCUAUAAGGACUUUCAAGGUCGGCUUACCCGCCGAGCAUGAUCUGAGAAAGUCUCUAACUAGGAAAUCGAUUAGAAGUGUGCAUCAACUCAUGGACCGUAUUGAUGAGUAUAAGCGGGUUGAGAAGGAUGAACAACAGGGAGAAGGGAAAGCCAAAGUGGUCCUUCAGGAUAGAAUGGAUUUCAGGUCAAAUAGGACUAGUUCAAAACCAUCUAGGGUGCUGUUUAUAGUUCAACCAUUUAUCGAAGACUUGCCCCCUGAUUCGAAGAGGAGUAGAGUGGGGGUCCAACCAGUUUUGAGCUUUUCUGAUGAGGACAAGGCUGGGACCUUACAGCCACACGAUGAUGCCCUAGUAGUUACUCUCAAGAUAGGAGGGUAUGAUGUGAAGAGGGUACUAGUAGACCAAGGCAACGGCGCAAAGAUCAUGUAUCCUGAUCUAUUUAGAGGACUGAAGCUGAGGCCCAAUGACCUAACCUGCUAUGACUCCCCUCUAAUAGGGUUUGAUGGGAAAAUUGUCUUUCCAAGGAGCCAGAUUAGGCUGCCUAUUCAGGCAGGGUCAGAAGUCGUGGAAAUACCAUUGGCUCUGGGUGAUCAGAAGAAGACUUCUUUCGUUAAGCCCAUAGAGAAUUAUCAUUACAAGGUGAUGCCUUUUGGACUGAAGAAUGUGGAGUCUACUUAUCAGAGGAUGAUGACCAGGAUGUUCAAACCACAACUGGGUAAAAACAUUGAGGUUUACAUAGACGAUAUGGUGGUAAAGAGAAAGGUGGAGUCUGAGCACAUAAACGAUCUCGGAGAUAUUUUCGAGAUACUGAGGAAACACAAACUGCGCCUCAAUGCCACUAAAUAUUCUUUUGGGCUAGGCUCGGGCAAGUUUCUGGGUUAUAUGGUUACCCACUACGAAAUUGAAGUCGACCCUGAUUAG